CCCCUGGAAGUGUUUUUUUUUUCGGUGGUUCAUUUGUAUUGUGGAAAAAAUAACAACCGACCCGGGGACAGUGUGAACAAAAGAGCUGAACCUUGAAAAAAGUGGCUCCGAAAAUAGAAGAACGAAACCCGGCUGCGUGGCCCAACAAUAGCCAGUGGACAACAUAAACUUCGUGAAUAUUCAAACACGAACAACUCAAUCUAGAACAACGGGCCGGUUCAGCGCCAAAGUGGGGUCAUUCAUGUAACCUCCAAGCUCUGUGGGGGUGGUUUGGUGUAAAUUCCGUUUUUCAACUUGUACCGAUUUCUAUCAAGCAUUUUGCUUUUCUCGUAUUUUUCAGCAGCAUUAGUUAAUUGGCAGUUUAUGGAAAUCUUUUGGCAUGUUUCGUUGUUUCAACAAUUACCAUUAGCGAACGUUGUUGUUUGGUAGGAUCUCUUGACAGUGAUCGCGGUCGGUGUGUUUUGCGGGGGAAAUUAGCAUUUGGUUUCGUACCGAUCGCAUUCUAAGUAGUGUGGAUAACGAGAAGAAACCCCAACGAAAAACGAUAGCCUAAAAGUGGUGUGGCACGUGUUAAAGCGUAGUUAUUUUUUGGAAUAGUGGAAACAGGAAAAACAAAACCAACACGCAACAGCAGAAUGGGCGAUGAUACAGCGUUUCGAAAGCUGGCCAGCUGCGCGCUGGUUCUAUCGCUGGCCCUGCUGCACGGGGGCUCGUGUGCCAGUUUAUCCAACGGAGGCAAUGGCGGAGGCGUUGGCGAAAGUACCGUUGGCGAAACGGUCUCGUCAUCGAAGUUGGUCACCGGACCGACGCUGGGCAGUUUGUACCGGAGCACCCGGGAUGAGUACGGCCACUACGGGCGGGAGCAGCGGUGUGCCAGCUGCGGUGGGGGCGGCGGCUACGGUGGCUAUGCUGAUCGGGACAUGAGAACGUACGGCGGCCGGCAGGGUGGAAUCUACGGGUACUACAGCGGCCGGGGAUCGGCUUACGACGAUAGGAACUGGUACUAUCGGCCGGAGGCCUAUGACGACCGCUAUCGGGGCGGCGAUAGAUACGUGAACAUGAUGAUGGGCUAUGACGACCGCUACAUGCAGCAGAUGAGCCCCAUGAACCGUUACGAUGACCGAUACUACCCGUCGUCGAUGCGCGGCUACUACGACAACCGCGGGGAACAGCGAAUGCCGGGAAGCGGUUAUUAUCCGGAACGGAUGGGCAUCUACGGCUACCGCGGCAAUGGCUACGAUAAUCUCGAUCCACUCUACGACCAGUACCUGAUGUCGUCCCGUGGAGGCACUAGCAAUUAUAAUAACAGAGAUCGGUACUACGGAACUUCCGGUGGAUAUGGCGGUUACGGAGCAUACGAUCAUAAGAACUUCCGGCCUUGGGACGAAACUUACAGCGGAACUUCCGGUUUUGAUAAUUCUGGACGUGGUUAUUAUUUUGCAAGUCGUCCAUCCCCACCAUCGGCAUCGCCAUCGGGCGGAGCAUCUGGUCCCCCGCAGCAUCAAUACCCCUCGGCACCGUCAUCCCCUUCAUCCUCCCAGCACCACUACCAACAUCAUCAAUCGUCAUCCUCGUCUGGCCCGUCCGGGACGUACUCCGGCAGCAGUGGAUCAUCGAGUGGACACUACAACGGACCGGACCGGCCCGAUGCUGGUCCUGGCCGACCGUGCUGUUCCGAGUGUUGUGCCCCCAGCAGUCGUUAUCCGUCGGGUCCAACCGGAACCGGUCACGGAUAUCACCAGACACCAUCGCAGCACCAUCAGCAGAACCAGUACGGCGGCGGUGACCGUCCCGAUAGCCACGGUCGGCCCGGUUCCUGGAACUAUCUGAGUGGGGGAAGUGCCUCCGGCGGGCAGGAUUACCAUCAGGGUGCGUCAGCGGCGGGAGGUUCGUCGCAUUCGCAACCCGGUCAGGAGUACGGUGGCAAUCGGGGAAGCUAUUCCGGGCAGCAGCCACAGCAGCAGCCUUCCCAGCAGCACUAUCAACAGCACAGGCCAGAUGCCCCUGGUAGCGGCGAUCGGCAGCAAAACACUGCCUAUGGUUCACGACCCCGGCCGUCCGGCCUAGGUGCCACCAGUUACCUGAUGGAUAGGGAAACCGGCGACUCGGCCACCGCCAGCGAGCUUCACUCAGCGGACAGUGCCCACGGCGAGGGCGGCGGUCCCGGAUCCUCCAGCAGUUCCUCCUCGUCCAACGACAAUAGCAGCAACCAAAACAACGAUGGCAAACCCGUCGUCGGCGAGAACCCACUGAAAAGCAAUGAAUCCUAAGUGAGAGCGGAAAAAUGAAAUAACAAAGUGAAAUGACAAAUGGAAACUUGAUCCCAGGCUAAACGACCACAGGACCACGAUGAUGAAUGGAACCAGAUUAAGUUAGGGAAGAGCGAGGAGGAUGAUAAAAGAACUCGAAUAAAUUUAAGAAGAGAUGACAAUUUUCUUUGUUCUAAGGGCAAUUAUUACGACAGGAGCGUAACAUAAACCGGGAGAACGUGUAUUCAGCUUUUUCUUAAGAUGGAACGCAAUAUUUUUGUAUUUCUUUCGUGAAUUGAUACAAUCUGAAAGAGACGAUUUAAUAUUUAAGGUUUCAUAUAUACUAUUAAAUAAGUUCUAAGUGUAAUGAUAGCAAUAAAGUAAGUAACUGAGAAA